CGCUUAACCAAUUUAAAUUUAACCUCUAGAAACAAAUUAAAAACCACUGUGCCUUCAUUACAUAAUUCUUUCCAGUUUUUCAACAGGCGUGUCAGCCACUAAUAGUUAAUUUCUUCGUUUGAAUUUUUCUGCUGAUUUUAUUAACCAUGACCUUUUCUAGAGUUAUUGACACUUCUGUAUACAUCUUCUUCGCGCUGUCUCUAUCGCUGCUCUUAUUCGUAUCUGGACUAGCAUCUGCACAAGGAUACUUUGGAGCAGGACGGAGUAUUAGUGGAUAUGGGGGCGGAUACGGGGGAGGUUCAGGAGGUUAUGGCGGUGGAUCUGGAGGUUAUGGCGGUGGAUCUGGAGGUUACGGCGGAGGGUCGAGUGGCGGUUACGGUGGGGGUGCAGGUGGCGCAACAGGCAGCACCGACAGACUAGACUGGAGUCCGGAUUUACUGGCGGGGUUUCCCAUCAUGGGAGGACUGUAUCCGGCUGUUGGCUAUCCAUUCUGGCCGGCUGCUUUUGGUUUUGGAUGGCCGUUUAUUUUCGGCGGUUAUGGAGGCGUACACGGAUUUUACGGUGCCCAGGGAUACUUAGUAAAAAGUGCCGACAUUAAAGUCGCCAGCAGGAUGGAACUUUGCUUAUAUCCUCUUUUAAUUCUCGUUUUCGUAACAACGAUUAACGCCCAGUAUGGCGGGUAUGGAGGAGGAGGAGGCGGAGCCUACGGAAUGCAGGGAUAUGGUGGCGGAAGUAGUUACGGUUCCACACGAAAUGUAGCAUCCGUGUUCCCGUCUCGUCCACUGUUCGUUGGCGGUCUCUACUUCCCGCCCACGUGGACCUUCGGUUUUCCUGGCGCCCCCAUAUGGCCGUUUUUUGGUGGUCUAUACGGUGGAGGUGGAUUCUAUGGUGGUUCCCGCUUUGGUGGCGGUUACGGUGGUGGCUAUGGAGGCGCGUGGAUUCAAACAGCGAACACUACGCACAACACUAGCACCAGUAAUAAUAGCACCGAAUUCUUCGUUUCUUCGACCGGAAAGGAAUUGCGCAUUAUCGCUGAAAUGGGCUAUUUCGAGAUCGCCGCCCUUUUAUGCAUGAUUGUUUACACCACGGCACAGCCGUACAGCGGCGGAGGUGGUUAUGGAGGCGGCAGUUCGGGUGGCGGUUAUGGUGGCGGGGGUGGUAACUACGGUGGCAAUACCAACACGGGUGGCUAUGGUGGCGCAGGCGGAUACGGGUCUACCAAUGGAUACGGAGCCGGUUAUGGAGCAUAUGGUGCUGGACCAUUUGGAGGGAUAAACGGUUUGGGAGGAUUCGGGUUUCCUUUUGCUUCAGUUGGCUACGGAUUCGGUACGCCCUUUAUUGCUCCGUGGAUUUGGCCUAAUUAUUACGGUUUUGGUUACAAUAAGGGCUACGGAUUUGGAAUCAAUGACGGAUUAGGUGGCAGCUAUCCCGCCGGGUACGGAGCGAGUAGCUACGGAGGAGGCGGCGGAUACGGAGGCAGCGGGGGUUCAUACGGCGGUGCAGGAAGUUCCUACGGCCGCAGAUAGCCUUAUCGCUUUGUUACUCUUUGUUAGUUCCUAACUUCCUACUAUUAUGGUUUAUGUAAAAACGUUCAAGUUCGACACGACGACACCGUAUUACUUCGUACUUGCUUGUAUUGUUCGAUUCCGAUACGCAACAGAAAAGGUUCACUGAUUGUCUUCUCCAACAUUUUUCACGCAUGUGAUGAUGUGAACUUCUUGCUGUAUCUAUACGGACCCAACCUAUACGGACCCAGUUUAGUAGUAUUCAGAAACUGGCUGACACGUUUGUCAUAAACAAUUUA